AUUUGGAAAGAUAGCGAGGAGGAGGAGGAGGAGGAGGAGAGGAAACCCAGCCCACACUUUGCCUUCCUGCUGCCUCCUUCUAAAACCUGCAGACUCCUCCAGUCCUUCCCAGCUCCUGGAGUUCCCCCAGCCCUGCUCAGGACUACGAGGGUUUGCUGAAAGAUGAGAGCCUGGAUUUUCUUCCUCCUCUGCCUGGCAGGCAAAGCCCUGGCAGCUCCGCAAGAGGCUCUGCCUGAUGAGACGGAGGUGAUUGAAGAUCUCACCACAGAGGAGCCUGUAGGGGCCAACCCUGUCCAGGUGGAGGUGGGAGAGUUUGAGGAGCCUACAGAAGAUGUAGAGGAGAUCGUUGCAGAGAAUCCCUGCCAGAACCAUCACUGCAAGCACGGCAAGGUGUGCGAGGUGGACGACAACAACUCACCCAUGUGUGUGUGCCAGGACCCCUCCAGCUGCCCAGCCACCUCCGGCGUCUUUGAGAAGGUCUGCGGCACCGACAACAAGACCUAUGACUCCUCCUGCCACUUCUUUGCCACCAAGUGCACCUUGGAGGGAACCAAGAAGGGACACAAGCUGCACCUGGACUACAUUGGGCCUUGCAAAUUCAUCCCUGCCUGCCUGGACACUGAGCUGACAGAGUUCCCCCUGCGCAUGCGGGACUGGCUGAAGAAUGUGCUGAUUACCCUGUAUGAGCGUGAUGAGGACAACAACCUGCUGACAGAGAAGCAGAAGCUCAAGGUGAAGAAGAUCCACGAGAAUGAGAAGCGCCUGGAGGCCGGUGACCACACCGUGGAGCUGCUGGCCCGCGACUUUGAGAAGAACUACAACAUGUACAUCUUCCCUGUGCACUGGCAGUUUGGGCAGCUGGACCAGCACCCCAUCGAUGGGUACCUGUCCCACACUGAGCUGGCCCCGCUCCGUGCCCCACUCAUCCCCAUGGAGCACUGCACCACCCGCUUCUUUGAGGCCUGCGACUUGGACAACGACAAGUACAUCGCCCUGGAGGAAUGGGCCAGCUGCUUUGGCAUUAAGGAGCAGGACAUAGACAAGGAUCUGGUGAUCUAAAGCCCCAGCUUUCUCCUCUGCUGCCAACUUUGUCUUGUUUUAACCUUCCCACUUCCUUCAGUUUUUGAACUGCUUUUGUUUGUUUUCCCUGGGAACAAGGUGCUAAUAUAGGUCUAAACGUAUGUAGUAUUGGUGCUAAGAGAAAUAACAGUCCUUCAUAGCUAACCUCUUACCACUAGAUUACCCACCAGCUACUCCCACCUGCUCUCACCAGUCCUCUCUUUCUCUCCAAUGUGUCUUCACAAUUGACCAACCCUGUUCCUGUCCCUAAAUAUCCACUCCAUCUCCGUAUCCACUCUCAGACCGACUCCUGUUAAC